GCUGGAUUAAAUCGGUGCUGUAGCGGGUGGGGCAGACCCUGGGCUAGCAGGCCUCAGGGAGAACUCCAAUGGUGUCUGUGUCAGCACACCCACACCAGGCCAUAACAAUGGCCACCGCCAAUGUCCCAGUCCCUGGAGAGGUCUCACCCCUCACCGAGAUGCACUCAGGGCCUAUUAGGUGGAAGCCAUUAUCUCCUAAUGGACCGAGUGACUCAGAUACUUCAAGAUCAUGGUCAUAACGUCACCAUGCUUCUCCACAGAGCAAAUUUAUUGACAUCAGAGGAGGAAAAAUCCUAUCAAGUUAUCCCUUGGCUUCUACCUGAAGAUCAUUACAAAGAAUUUAUGAAGUUUUUUGAUUUCUUUAUGAAAGAAGCUUUGGCUGGCAGAGACAAAUUUGAAAACUUUUUAAAAGCGAUGGAACUAAUGGGACUUCAGUGCAGUCAUUUGCUAAAGAGAAAUGAUAUCAUGGCUUCCUUAAAGGAUGAGAAUUUUGACCUGAUAUUUGUUGAUAUGUUUGACUUGUGUUCUCUCCUCAUUCCUGAGAAGCUUGGGAAGCCAUUUGUGUCCAUUAUUUCCACCUCGUUUGGCUUUAUGGACUUUGGACUACCAAGCCCCCUGUCUUAUGUGCCAGUAUUUGAUUCCUUGCUAACCGACCAUAUGGACUUUUGGGGCAGAGUGAGGAACUUCUUGAUGUUUUUUGAUUUCUCCAUAAGGCAAUGGAGAAUCCACUCUACAUUUGACAACACCAUCAAGGAGCAUUUUCCCGAAGGCUCUAGACCAGUUUUGUCUCAUCUGCUAAAGAAAGCAGAACUAUCGUUUGUUAACUCUGACUUUGCCUUUGAUUUUGCACGGCCUCUCCUUCCAAACACUGUGUAUGUUGGAGGCUUAAUGGCCAAACCUGUUAAAGCAGUACCACAAGAAUUUGAGAAUUUCAUUGCCAAGUUUGGAGACUCUGGUUUUGUCCUUGUGGCCCUGGGCUCCAUGGUGAACAUCUUUCAGUCCCCGGAGCUUCUCAAGGAGAUGAACAGUGCCUUUGCUCAUCUCCCUCAAGGGGUGAUAUGGAAGUGUAAGCCUUCUCAUUGGCCCAAAGACAUCAAAUUGGCAGCAAAUGUUAAAAUUGUGGACUGGCUUCCUCAGAGUGACCUCCUGGCUCACCCGCACAUCCGUCUCUUUGUCACCCAUGGUGGGAUAAAUAGCAUCAUGGAGGCCAUCCAACAUGGCGUGCCCAUGGUGGGGAUUCCCAUCUUUGGAGACCAGCCUGACAACCUGCUCCGAGUAGAAGCCAAAAAGUUUGGUGUCUCUAUCCAGGUAAAGCAGAUCAAGGCUGAGACACUGGCUCUGAGGAUGAAGCAAGUCAUAGAAGACAAGAGGUACAAAUCUGCAGCAGUGGCAGCCAGCAUCAUCACGCGCUCCCACCCCCUGACCCCUGCCCAGAGGCUGGUGGGCUGGACCAACCACAUCCUCCAGACAAGAGGUGCUGCACACCUCAAGCCCCACGCCUUCCAGCAGCUGUGGUAUGAGCAGUACUUGCUCGACGUCUUCUUGUUCCUGCUGGUGGUGACUGUGGGCACCGUGUGGCUCUGUGGGAAGCUGUUCGGCGUGGCGGCCAGGUGGCUGUGUUGGCCCAGGAAGCUGAAGAAGGCUUGAUGCCAAGGGUAUCCUGGGGGGCUGUAUUUGAGGGAGAGCGACCAUUUCAUGGGAGCUUCCCACCUGAUCUCCACAUCAUAUCCACUUGCUAAUUUUGCUACAAAUUACUGCUCACUGGCUGCUCCCUAUGAUCAGAUUUCUUUACUCAGCACUUGUGGUCUUCUAUAUUUGCCAGUCAGUAAGGGCUGUUCUGUGAUUCUGUCCCUGAGUCAUUUAGACCAGUGACUCUCAGACUUUAAGCCUUGAAACCCACCUUCCUUAUCACACCCCUCUUCCAGACACUGAGCCUGAACCAUUCCAGCCUCCAUGGCUAGUAUCUGCUGAGCCUCUUUCUCUCUCUCCCGCCUCCACCACUUGUCAUGGAAUAAGACCUAAGAUGCGUGCUUUCCUAAAUGUUGCAUUUUUUAUUUGCUACUUCUGCAAAUUCUCUUAAAUUAAGGAAACCUGUCCUGCACAUAUGCCUUCAGAGCCAAACCACCCUUGCAGGACAAUGUGUAUCUCCUGUCUUGGUUCCCACAGAGAGCUCCUUCUCGUCUGGUCAGGCAUGGAGCCUGCAGGUUCAUCAUGGGCUGAAGCGGCCUUGGUCUCCACGUUUCAUAGCAGUCAGCUCUCUUUCAAUUUUCCUGUUAAGCACUUAAAGUCAUGAGAAAGAGGUUAUUUAUUUUUAAUCUAAGGGUGCGUUUGUGCCUCUUGAAGGUUGAGCCUUUCUAUAUGUGAUAUAUUCUUGGGAAUUGCAUCCACUUAAUAGUAAUAGAAACCAGGAAAAAAGGGGAUAUGACAGCUUUAGAGUUUUCUUCUCUUUUCUUUCUUUCUUUUUUUUUUUUCUCAUGUAAAAGACAUCUGCAGGUAGGCAGGCAGUGCAUGAUUGCCAUUGUUGCUCCAUGAUGUAUUCAAGAGUUCAGAUUUCCUCUUUGGUUGAUCUGUCUUCCUUAAUAUAUGGUUUUCAUCCUCAAGGUCACCCUAGAUUUUCAUGAUGGUCUUUUUUUAUCCAGCUGGCACGUGGUAAUUUGGGCAAGACAAGUGGAAAUUGAGGAAAGUGAAUAAAGCAGGUCUCUGCCAGCUGAGUUGCCUUCUUUAAAGAGAUUUCCCAGACUCUCCAGCUACCCAAAGACUCCACUUAAACCCCUUUGACCAGACCUGAGUUGUAUGAGCACUCCCAGCUGCACAAAAAGUCUUAGAAAUGCCUCCCACCCCCAGCUGCUGGGGUGGGGUUCUUAGAAAGAAAAACAAAGGACAAUGAAUGAUGGGAGGAAACUAGAGCCUUGACUACAUGUGGAGUGCAGGCAGGGAGGGGCUGGAUUGGAGGUUUUGUUCCACCUGUGACCCUGUGACUCAGUGACCUCAGGGAUAGUCUUACAACCACUGUAACUGCCUGUGGGUGGAAAGCAGGCCUUUCAGAGUGGUGAACAUGCAAAAUAGGAACAGCAGUCAUUUACCGUGGUGAUGUGUAUUACCCUAUCCAAGUCCUUUCCUCUCAUUUCUGCCGUGUAGUGGGGUAGAUGUGUCUAAUCAGCCCAACCCAAAGAAGCAGGCACCAGCAGGGGCGAUCACAGAUGGAGAGGGAGCCGUUGUGCAAAUGGAGGCAACAGCAACAAAACC